UGACUCGCCAGCUCCCCCGUCCUCCUCCAUCGCGCUGCGCGUUUGCAACUCCCAGUCCCACCUCCGGCGCGUCUGCCAGCCAGUAGUCAGUAGACUUGAUCAUGUCGUCGCGGAAGCAUCAUGAGCUGCCGGAGGGAGGAGCAGGGGGAAGCGGCGCCGGCCGCGUGGCGGUGUGGGACACCGGGAGCUCCCUGUACGACUCGUACGAGCUGGCCGCCGUGCGCCGGCUCCUCGACAAGCGCCUCCUUGCCCUCCGCGACGCUGAAGAGACGAGGGGCAAGGGCAGGCAACUGGUGGUCGUGCCGGUCGUCAGCAGCAGGGGGGUCCACCACAGAAGGAAGGCCACGCUGAGGGCGCUCUUCAGGGCGGUGGCCACCUGUGCGGCCCGGCCGAGGCAGGCGCCGCCGCUCGCCUGUGCCUGCGCUGCUGGCAUGGUCCAUGACCACCAGGGUGGUUCCGCGGUCGAGCCGGAGGAUCUGCCGUCCCACGGUCAACUUUGAUGAUCAUCCCUGUGUUUAGUCCAUUUGUUCUUGCAUUGCAUUGGCGCAAGUUGUUUUUUUCCUUUUGUGUUUAUCUAUUGCU